AUGUCUUGGGAAGAAUGCAAAGAACAAAUCUCUAACAAUCCCGUGGCAAGAUAUAAAAAGUUUACAAACAAAGAAGAAGCACAACAUUUUAUGAAAAGUUGUGAGUUAAAAACUAUAUUCAAGAACAGAUUUCUUGCUUGUUCAACCAGAAUAAUUGUUGAAGUAACAACUAUUUUUAACAAUUCAAAAGCUGGUAUCGGAAUCAACUUUGAAAAUAUUGAUAUAGUUGUAUCGGAGAGAGGUUUGCAAAAUAAGAAAAGUUCAGAGAUUUAUGCCAUUAUUCGUGUGUUAGAAUCAUGUAAAGAUGAAUAUAGUCCUUUAGAAAUUAGAACAGAUAGUUAUUAUUUUAUCAAUUCUUAUGAACUCUAUAUUCCUUCUUGGAAAAAAAAUAAUUGGAAAAACAAUGUACAAAAUAAGAAUUUGUUUAUAAGAAUUGAUGAGCUUUUCGAGUUAAGACCUG